AUCUUCAGUGACCAAUGACUUAGCUUCGUCUAUGAUACAAUUUUACCAUGACAAUUAUCCAUACGAAGGUCAAGCUGACUCUGAACUCGACUCCUGUCCUCUUCCGGGAAUUAUUACUCAUAGGAAGAAAAUUCAUCUUGAUGACGAGCUUUCUGAAAAGUAUCUUGUGCUUCAAAAGGCUCUGGGUGACGCAGCCAAGGUUUUCCUCAGUCAGAAGCUCUUAGAUUCAAAUGAGCUUAUCCGCAACAGAGCGUUCCAAUCCAAAGAGUUCAUGGAUGCAUUAGAGAUACUAAGUUCAAACAAGGAGUUACUUGUGAAUCUUAUUCAAGACCAAAAUUCGACCCUACUGAGACACAUUCAAGAUAUUCAGCAUGCUCUUGGUAGUGAACUUUUAGAAGGGACGAGUACUUCCGAGAAAAUUGAGGAUUCUGUAAGUAGUGACUUACUUCCAAAACAAAACCAUCAUAAAAUUUUCAGGAAGAAGGAUAAACUCAAGGGAAGUGAUAUUUCUCAGGAUAGAAGCCAAAUAGUUCUUUUGGAGCCAAGCCCAGUAAAAGUUGAGAAUGACUCAGUAACUCAAAUUCUAAGUUCUUCACCUCUUUCACAUCAUUGCUUGAAACAAGAAGAAGGUUUAAGAGCUAAGUCAUAUUUUUCUAUUAAAGGAAUCAAGAGAAGGUGGGGACGUGUCAUGGGUGAGAACAAAAAGGAGAAACAUCCAAUUUCCAUGGACAAACUACUGGAUAAAAUUUCAUAUGGGUUUAAAGAUUCAGGUGAUACUCAAAAGGGUAUUGUUUUGGCUAGCAAAAGUUCUUGCGUUUCUCAGAAUUCUUCUCAACUUUUUGCAGUUGAGAAGAAAAGGGAGAAGCCAAAGCUGAACAUUGAACAUCCUCAACAUGGAGAUUUUGCCAAUGAAUAUCUAAAUGAAAUGUUAACUGUGAGAGAUGAAACGGAUAGCUCACCAACAGUCUCUAAAUCCUUGGAAAGAGUAGUUUCUCUUCGGGAAUGUCACUUAUUAUCUCCUAGAUUUAGUCAAGAAAACAGCGAAGAACUUUUAUUGUCACCUCAAAAGAUCAUAUUUUCCUCAUCGCAGCAGGUAAAUGGAGAAAUUCCUGUUGACCAUUUAAGCCCACUGAGUCAAAAUUUAGAUCAAGAUGCCAAAAUGCUUGAAACUGAAUUGAACCAAGAAUGUGUUGCAGAUGACUUGAAGCUAAAAGGAGGUAUUAAAAUUGUAGAAACAUCAGAUAUCAAACUUUUGGAAGAACAUGAUGAUUUGGAUGUACUCUCUGAAUCAAUUGGCAAUGAACCAGGUGUAAUGUGUGAAGUAUGUGAGGCUGAAGGAUCAUCUGCAUUUGGAGAGCUGAAGACAGCAGAUGAUAAACCACUAUUGGUGAUUCCAUCUUUAUCCAUUUCACCCGGAAUUUUACACGUAGAAAAUUCAGAAAACUCUGAUUGCAUCCUUGAAAAGCCAGAUAGGCCAAGUCCAGUAUCGGUUCUUGAACCAUUCUUCUUGGAAGAUACCAUCAGUCCUGGGAGCACAACGGCCAAUCAUGUUGUUCUGGCCCUACAACAUCAGCAAAUUGAUUUCCAAGAUCACAUCCAUUCAACAAUUGUACUAACCGCACAAGAUUCUGAAGACCAGCCAUCAACUUGUUUCGAUGAAAAGAAGGCCAUAUUUGGUUACGUAACAACACUAUUACAGUCAUCUGGCACGAAUCACUCUCAGAUUUUAGAGACACACAGUUCAUCCUAUCAGUUUCUGGACUCAUCCGUAUUGGAAGAAGUCGGAACAAUGUUCAGUCUAUCACCCGAUGAUGCAAUGCUUCUCUUUGAUUGUACAAAUGAAGUCCUCGCAGAGAUUAAAGAGAGAUUAUUUUGUUGCACUUCUUGGGUCCAUAUCAUCAAGCCCAGUAGCCAGGUGAUCCUAAGGGGACCAGAUUUUAUACAAGAAGUCUGUAAAGGCAUUGAUAGGCAUCUUCAACUAUCAGAAUUAGAAGGUAGAAGUUGGAUGGAUCUUUGGUCGGAAAUCGAAGAAACUGUUUUUGAGAUGGCUGAUAUCAUUCUUGACGAAAUAAUAGAGGAAAAUAUGGCUUAAAUAAUUUUCAGGUGUGUAGACAUGUUGAAGAGCUUUAGUGUUUACGGUGAAGUUUGAUUGCAAGCUUGUAAUUAAGUUUGUGAAUGAGCGUAAAACAGAAUAAGAUUGCAGAUGAGGUUGUACAGUUUUCAACGUUAUUUGUUUUUUGGUUUGGCGAGAACUUCCUCACGAUCAUUCGGACCAGGAGUAUCAAACCUCCCGGCAUGGCUAUAUUGUAUUUUCAAAUUCUUUCAAUUAA